CAAGUUUAGUUUUAAAGAAUGUAAGAAUACAUCAAUUCAACAAAAGUGGGCUCCACUUCUUCAAAAAUAUCGUGAUAUAAAGAUAAAAUUUGCAAGUACUGAAGAUCCGAGUGUUACAGCACCUGUUACUAGUGAUUCAAUUUAUGGAAUUACUGAAAAUCAGGAUGAUGAAAGGAAAGCAAAUAUGAAAGAAUUUCAGGAUUUUAUUAAUGAACAAACUAAAAUUAUUUCUGAGAUCAGUGCACUCGUACUUCUGAGGUUCAGCAAAGACAGAUGA